AUGUCCCUGGUAUCUGGUCCCGGCCGGGCCGGAGGCACCGACCAGGAGCUGCACACCCUCAAGCAUGUGGCUUACAUCAAAAACCUAGACACUCGGAAAGAUGAGCUGGAGUACUGGCUUACGGAGCACUUGCGGCUCAAUGGUGUCUACUGGGGCUUGACAGCCUUGCAUCUUCUGGGUCACCCCAGUGCUCUACCCCGGGAUGAAACGAUUGACUUUGUGCUUUCCUGCCAACGAGACAAUGGAGGCUUUGUCCAGAUUCUGGCUACUGUAGACGCGGUCGAUGAGCUGGAAAAGAGAGGCCUCGGGGGUAAGCAAAAGGUUGGAGCUUUCAUUGCCAGCUUGCAGAACCGGGAAGAUGGUUCCUUCAUGGGAGACUCAUGGGGCGAGACAGACACCCGGUUCCUGUACGGAGCCCUCAAUGCGCUAUCCUUACUAGGCCUGUUAGACCUGGUUGAUGUUUCCAAAGCAGUUACCUAUAUUCAAAAUUGUGAAAACUUUGAUGGAGGCUAUGGCAUCUGCCCUGGCGCUGAGUCUCAUGCCGGCCAAGUGUUCACUUGUGUUGGAGCUUUGACCAUUGCUGGACGCCUGGACUUGGUCAACAAGGACCGUCUGGGAGCCUGGCUCAGCGAGCGUCAAGUUGACAAUGGCGGCUUCAACGGUAGACCAGAGAAACUUGUCGACGCAUGCUACACCUGGUGGGUUGGUUCGGCUCUAGCGAUGAUCGACCGACUUCACUGGAUCGAUGGCAAGAAGCUUGCUUCUUUUGUUCUGCAGUGUCAGGACCCUGAAGCUGGUGGUUUUGCGGACCGUCCUGGGAAUAUGGUUGAUGUGUACCACACCCACUUCGGUAUCGCAGGCUUGAGCCUUUUAGGCUUUGAAGGACUGCAAGAAGUAGAUCCUGUCUAUUGUAUGCCCAAGUCUGUGACAGCUCGCUGUCUUAAGAAGUAA